AAUUUAGCAAAUUCAUUUCAGUAGGCGGAGAUGAAUUUGAUUUCAGUUUAACCUCAGAGGUCCUGCUUUAGAAUCUGAUGAACUUUCGAUGACGGAACUACAAGACCUAUCACUGGAUUCCGAAAUCGAAUCGGAGGAAGAAGAUGGAGUUGAAGAAACGCAGCAAGAACAGCAUAAUCCCAAACGUCAAGAUCAAGAACUCUGUUUUCUGCAAUUCCUGGACUCGACGGAUGAUUAUCUGAACCUUCUGGAUGCAUUGUCCGCAACACUCCGCAAGGGAUGGUUUGAGUUGGCGAGCGCCAGACAUUCUAUGGGUACCUCUCGCAUAAGCACUGCAUUACUGGACUUGAAAAUCCAUUCUGCUGCUACAUCACUGCGGGUGGACGAACGCGAUGCCAGCUCUAUAGGAACGCUACCAUUCAUUAACUUGCGGAAAUGGACAUCCUCUGAAGGUGGAGACUGUUUAGGGGAAGAAAAAUGCAAUGACAAAUUGCAAAGGGAAUCUAAUAGUCCGCAGCUACGGCAAAGGAACAUUUCUGAGCUUUCUGAUAAUCUGAAGAAGAGUUCUUUAAAGAAAGAAGAUGCUCUCAUCAUUGAUGAUCAGGUACGAAAGGAACAGUCACGAACACUUUCAACGUUUGGAACUCUAGUUUCCCCCAAGCUCCGAUCAGCUCAACUUUCAUUUGAAAAUGCACUUGAAAUUAUAGUGGGAAUUGCAAAUAAGCGUAUCGCAAUGCUAUCCUCCUUUGAUCAAUUCAAGAUAGGAUUGGAAGAGACAUCUUCCUUCAAGCAAGUCAAGGAAGAAUUGAAAGAUACCAAAGCAUGACAAUAACUUGUUUCCCUCCGGGUAAAGUUUUUUUCUAAUUUCCUCAAAGUUUGAUAUGACAGUUGGUGGGAUGUGAUGUCCAUAGUUCAAAUUAAUAGAUUUGUUCAGUUUUUUAUGGGCAAUCUCCCUCAGAAGUGCGCCGCGCAUAACAUAUAAACAUUGUAUUCUUAUUCUUCAAAGUUACAGCAGAAAUGGGUUAUACAACUGAAUUUUGAGUU